UUCACCAGUUGUAGAUUUUGACGGGACGCAAGAUAGACGUCGUUGCUGGAUCUGUCCUGCUGUGACAGUGCAGUGUUAACGUCGUGAACAUCUCUGAAAAAACACUUAUUUCUCAUUCUAGAAGUAACUUUACAUUGGGUUUCAAAGGAAAUGGAGAAUGGAAUGGAAGACAUCCUGAUGUACGACAAAAGUUUAUUAACGGGAAUAGACUUUGAGGGACGGUCAAAGGUUAAAUUCCACUCAUCUGCAUCACCAUCAAACCCGGGAGAUUCACUGGUCCUGAGACCAUUGAGCACAGGUGAUUUUGAAAGAGGAUAUAUGCAGCUUCUCAGCGAGCUCACCGUUGUCGGAGAGGUAACCCUGGACAAAUAUUUGGCCAGAUUUAAUAAGAUGAAAGAAGGUGGUAUGUACUAUGUCACAGUGGUGGAAGACACGAGCAGAAACUGCAUUGUGGCGUCGGCGACUCUUAUCCUGGAGCAGAAAUUCAUCCAUGAAUGUGCCUUGAGAGGGAGAAUAGAAGAAGUCGUAGUCCACAAAGACUACAGAGGCAAACAGCUGGGCAAACUGCUCAUGUCUGCACUGACCCUUCUCAGCCAGGACCUGGGGUGCUACAAGACGACGCUAGAGUGCGGGGAGAGUAACAUUCCAUUCUACGAGAAGUUUGGCUACGUGAAGGACAAGGAGGUUUACAUGCAAAACAGGCAUUGAGCACAGGGCAAGGGUUGGAACAUCAGACCGAUCAGAAAUCCUGCUGUCAAAUGUUACAUCGGCUUUAGAAAAUACACCAGCGCUUGAAACUCUCUGCAAACAUGCUUUAAUUCCAGUGGAAAGUAUCCGCCCCAAGCUGACUUGCACGUCCCAUCGGCAAAAGAAAGGCAGGUGGUUACAAGCAGGUUCUUGCAC